AGGAGCCUACUAUGGAGACCGACAUCUCGCGGGAGGUGUCGGAAGAGCCGGUUUUGAAUGUAGUCCAACGACGUAAGAGAUCUAGUGUAUCUCAUGUGGCUGAAAGAAUGAAGAAGAAGCCGAAUACUAGUGUCGGCAAAGACAAGAAGGAGGAAGAACCCGAGAUUAUCCUGAGGGACUCCUUCCUCAAAAUUAAUGAGAAAAAAGCAGCAGAGCUGACGUUACCGGAGGGGGUGUUUGACCCUUGGUUCUCGAUGUUCCAAACAGUCGCUGAGCCAAAAGUUACGAUUAACCAUCGGGUCCCCAGUGAAGCGGUUAAGGCGGCGAAAGUCCCUUUGAUGUCGUGGGACCCGAAGACUCAUGCUAGAAUUGCAUCUCUGCCUGACGAUCAAAAGUUCAGCUACGCCCGAGGUUGUUUAGGACGGGCGCUGGUGAGCUUUAUUGCUGCUGAAGAAAGUUACCGGGGUAGAGUGCAUGAAUUGGAUAAGAAGCAACACGAGCUGAGCUUGAAGAAAGGCGCGAUAGCUUCCUUAGAGGAUGAAAAGUCUCGUUACGAGGCAUCUAUGUCGGAGAAGGAUGCCCAUCAAUCGACUAACCAUUCUCCCCGGCGAGCGACACCACCUCCUCCGGUCACGAACAUCACGAACUUUCUUCAAAACCCAGAGUUUAUUCAAGGUUUAACCUCGUUGAUAGCUCGAGCCAUGCCCAGAAGCUCGAAUACGGUACCACUAUCGAUGCUGUUAACCACUAAUCUGACAGAACAUCCAACCCACACUCGUCAUGACCCUAAAACGCAUGCGGCAACAUCCCAUGCUACGUCACAACCUCAUCAUGCUUCUCCACAUCGAGAAGAGUUAACUUGUGUAACUGCUAACCCAAUAACGAACAAUCAAGCCCCGGAGGAGCCCCCUGUACAGGAAAUGACUGCCGAAAGCCACUCUGCUCAUCACCAAAGAAUUUCGCCACGUCCUAGACCCGUUUCAUCAGCGCCUCACGCUCGUGAAGAUUUGCGACGCCAGAUUGAACGGAAUCGUCUUUCAAGACAUAGCGCGGAAGAAAUUGAAACUCUUCGUAAACGCCUGGCUGAACUCGAGACUCGACAGAAGUCGCAGGAAGACUCUCCUCGGCAUGUCACGACGUCGGGAAAUGUCAUUAUUGAAGCAGAUUCCCCUUUAGCUCCGGAACUUACCGCGGAGGCACUCCCAGCUAAG